AUGGCAAACAGGAGGCGUAGAAACACUGCCGGAGCUGAUGAGAUUGCUAACGCAAUCCACAGGAUGGUGGAUGCUAUGCAGCCCGUGGCAGCGCCCCCGCGGGCUAUGAUCCCACCUGUCAGACCAGUGACCAUGGAGGACUUCAUGCGUCACAAACCGACUAAAUUCACUAGGAAAGCCACCCCGGAUGAGGCGGAUGCGUGGCUCCGAGAGUUCGAGAAGAUAUUCAGGGUGAUAGAGUGCACAGAGGCGCAUAAGCUAAAUUUUGCCACCUUCCUAUUAGUAACUGAAGCUGAGUAUUGGUGGAUGAGUAUGCAGCAACAAAUGAUAAAUAGAGCUGAAGAUGUGACUUGGGCCAACUUCAGGACGAGGUUCCUGGAGAAAUAUUUUCUUGACAGCGCUAAACAUGAGCGCGAGGCAGAGUUUCUCACCCUGCAGCAGGGAAGCUUGUCUACAGUGACAGAGGAGUGGCGCUGUAGAAAGUUUGAGGGCGGCCUCAAGCAUGAACUGAGGCGUUUCAUCGUGCCACUGAGGGUGCGAGAGUUUCCCAUCUUGGUGGAGCAAGCCAAGAGUGUGGAGCAGCUGGAGAAGGGACCCAGCCUGGUUAACCGUACCCAGAGGAACAAUGCUGAAGGCAGAGUCCAGAAGAAGCCCUACAGUAGACCAGCCACGUCUUCAUGGAAACCGAGGUGCUAUAACUGCGGGGGUGAACAUCUGCAGCGAAAUUGUACUAGACCCACCCGCAGCGGAGGCAGUGGCAUAGGCACUCGUAAGUGCUAUGCCUGUGAUCAGCCAGGACACUUUGCCGAUAGAUGUCCUAAUAGGAAGACUGCACCAGCAUCACGACCUCAGCCAUCCUCUUCCGACAGGCCGAGAGCCGCAGGCCGGGUUUUUGCCAUGACUAGCACAGAGGCCACCCGGUCAGGUAACCUGAUUCUGGACCAUUGCUUACUUUAUGGUAACAGUGUGUUAGUGUUGUUUGAUUCAGGAGCUUCGCACUCCUUCAUAUCCCAUGAUUGUGUGAAGAAAUUGGGGUUGUCCACUCGUGAUCUUGGAUGCGAGUUGAUAGUCUCGACACCCGCAUCUGGACAGGUUUCAACAAACGUAGCCUGUGUUGGAUGCUUGAUGGAGGUGGAGGGCAGACGCUUCAAGGUGAAUCUAGUUUGUUUGCCCUUGGAGGGAUUGGAGGUCAUACUGGGAAUGGACUGGCUGUCUAUCAACCAUGUGGUGCUUGAUUGUGGACGGCGCAGAAUUGUGUUCCCAGAAACAGAAGGGAUAGAGUUGGUAACGUCUGGAGAGGCAGUGAAAGAGAUGAAGAGAGGGUCGACGUGUUUUGUGAUAGUGGCCCAAGAAAAGAAAAUGAGUACAGAAGAGCAGAUCAGUAAGAUACCGGUGGUGGACGAAUAUGCCGAUGUAUUUCCAGACGAGAUACCCGAGUUACCACCCAGCCGGGAUAUAGAUUUCUCAAUCGAUCUAGUCCCUGGAGCGGGUCCAGUGUCGGCAGCGCCAUAUAGAAUGGCACCGGCUGAAUUAGCAGAGUUGAAGAAUCAGAUAGAAGACCUGCUAGAGAAGAAAUUCAUCAGACCCAGCGCUUCACCGUGGGGAGCCCCGGUGUUAUUAGUGAAGAAGAAAGACGGUAGUUCUCGGCUGUGCGUCGAUUAUCGUCAGUUGAACAAGUUGACGAUAAAGAACAAGUACCCACUGCCUAGAAUUGAUGAUUUACUUGAUCAGCUCAGAGGGGCAGGAGUAUUCUCCAAGAUUGAUUUGAGACCAUAUCUAGACAAAUUUGUGGUAGUGUUUAUAGAUGAUAUUCUCAUCUACUCACGGACUAGAGAGGAGCAUGCUGAUCACCUGAGAAUUGUGCUGGAGGUGUUGAGGGAACAUCAGCUGUACGGUAAACUGUCCAAAUGUGAAUUUUGGUUGGACGAGGUGCAGUUUCUGGGGCACGUAAUUUCUUCACAUGGUAUAUCAGUGGACCCGAGUAAGAUUGAGACGGUGUUGAAAUGGGAGAGACCUCAAACUGUAACAGAAGUCAGAAGCUUCUUGGGAUUGGCUGGAUAUUACAGGAGAGAUGAAAAGGAGGUUGACUACUGCUCCGAUUCUGAUUAUUCCAGAUACCAGCAAGAUGUUUGA